AUGUUAAAAGGGAUAUUAUUGGUAUCUCUUUUGCUUUUUGCAGCAGCUGAAGAAGAUUAUUACAGAUUAUUAGGGGUUCCUAGAAAUGCUGAUGAAAAAACUAUUCUUUUUAUGAGCAAUAAAUCUAUGAUUUCUAUAUAAACCUUCUAUUUUUUGUAUAAAAAUAAUUAUCCUUAUUUUCAUUAAUUAUCCUAUUUAUUUUUAAAAAAAUAUUAAAAAAGCAUUUAAAAAGCUUAGUCUAAAAUACCAUCCUGACAAAAACAAAGAAAACAAAAAAGAAGCCGAACAAAUGUUCAUGAAAAUUGCAAAUGCAUAUGAGGUCCUUACAGACCCAGAAAAGAGGAAAAUCUAUGAUCAGUAUGGAGAAGAAGGACUUAAAAACGGAGGUCACCAGCAGCAACAUCAAGGAAACUUUGAUGACAUUUUCAGCCAAUUUUUCGGAGGCGGAGGAGGUGGAGGCUUCCAAUUCAAUUUUGGCCAAGGCGGAGGAAGGCAGCAGCAGCAGCAUUUCCACUUCGGAGGACACCAGCAAGCCCAUCAAGAGCCUAAAGCAGCCCCAUUUUACGAAAACACAGAUGUUUACAAUCUAGAUUUCGGCGGUCUAAAACAUCUCUACCGUAGAAACGAAAUUUGGAUGGUCGAAUUUUACUCCCUAAAAAGCAAAGCCUGUGAAGAGCUCAAAGACGAGUGGAUCAAUAUGGCCAACAAGCUAUACGGCAUCAUAAAGGUCGCUGGUGUGAAUUGUGACGACGAAGAAGAGCUUUGUGAAGAAUACGACGUCAAGCAUUACCCUACCAUUAUUUAUUUCCCAGAUAAUACUGCUUUAAGCUACGAGGUUUAUAAAGGACCAAAAACAUAUCAAGCUAUGAGCGAUUUUGCAGUCGCAAGAAUGCAGAGUUUUGUGAGGAUCGUAAAUUUGAAAAAUAUUAAUUCCUUUUUUGAAGAAGAGCCUGAGCAAGCGAAAGUUAUUCUUUUUACAAAUAAAAAAUCAACACCACCACUAUUAAAAGCGCUGAGUAAAGAAUUUAAAGGAAGGGUACUGUUUGGAGAGGUUAGGUCAAGUGAGGCAGAAUUGGUGAGUAGGUAUAAUAUAAAUCAAUUAAUCAAAGAGCUUUAAAGCCUUCAAGAUUUGGUGCCUUAGCACGCUUUUAACCAAAACUAAAUGCUUGCUGAGAGGAAAUUUAGCCGCGGUUUUGAGAACUGAUCUUCUCUAGGAGUAGACUUGUCUGUGAUCCCCAUGGGUUAGGAAGAUCCCCUGUAAGUGCAUCAUCAGGUGUUAUGGAGUUAAAUCUUUAGCCUGAUGAGGCCUUCUGUCAGCCACAUAGGAGACUUAAUAACCAGGAUAAAAAGGAAUCACACCCUCCGGAGUCGGAAGGGAUAAGCAGUGACCUAUAAAGCAUCUGAAUAGUUAAUACUUGAUAAUGAGCCUCCGCAAACUAACUCCGAGACAACCCCACUAGAAAGGUAAGAAUUAGAAUUAAAGGGCCUAAAACGUGUUUUGCUAUAAAGUGACUUUUGCGCCAUGAUAGCGUAUUAUUGUGAAGGACAUUUAUCGCACCACCUUAUUAUUUAUCGUAUAAUAUAAAAGAAUUUCCAACAAUUAUUGGGCUGAGUGAGGAAAAUGAAAAGGAUAGAUAUAGCGGCGAAUAUAAAAGAGAUCUUCUGGAAAGAUGGAUUAGAGGGUUUAUGUAUAAUAAUAGAAGCCAAGGCACAAAGGUGAGAGAGUUGACUAGAAUUUUAAAUAUUGGAGGCAAAUGCAGCGCUGCAAGUAGCAGUUUUUGCUUUUUGUGGUUUAUUCAAAAAUCUGAUGAUAAGCCAAAAGAAAUUUUAAAGGCUCUUGCUCAAACUUUUGAGAAUGGCUAGAAAUCUAUUUAAAAAUAAAAAAAAUCUAGGAGUAUUUCCCCAUUAUUUUGAUGAAAUUUUAUAUCAGCAUAUUUUUAUAAAAAAUAUUAAAAUUAUUUCUAUAAAUUAAUUUUCCUUAAAAAUUAAAAAAGCAUUGAAAAUGAUCCUAUUGAAUUUUAUUGGGUAGAUAAAUCAAGAUAUCCCGGUUUUGUUAUUGAAUUUGAAGGAGAUAUAGUAGCCUAUAAGCCUAAGAGGAAGCGCUAUGUGAAAAUAGACUGCAACAUGAACGUCAAAUGCUUUACAGACCAGCUUUCUAAUAUCUUAUCAGGUGGAGGAGAUAUGAAAAAGCUUGACGUCACACCUGAACUUUUAGAGACAAAGAGAGAACUGUAA